GAGAGGAGGGAUUGAGUCACCUUCUCUUGUUUGCACCCUGGAUCAGCUGUAGCUCCAUAAAACCAUAGUGGUUUUUCUGUUCUUCCCUGUCCACCCCUGCUCCCUGACGGAAGGACUCUAUAUGGGACUCUUGGCUGGAUUCCUCCAGAGAGGUUGGCCCUGUGGCCAUUGCCUCUGGAGAGCACGCAUUCCAUGAGGAGUACCGGGCCCUAGGGUUGCAUGAAGUGUUGAAGAUGGCAAAAGGCGAUAAUGGUGUGCGCUGUUUUCAAGGUCUGCUAGUUCUAGGCAACGUGAUUAUUGGGUUGUGUGGCAUUGCACUGACAGCAGAGUGCAUCUUCUUUGUGUCGGAUCAGCAGACUCUGUACCCUCUGUUGGAAGCCACAAACAAUGAUGACAUCUAUGGUGCUGCCUGGAUUGGCAUAUUUGUUGGCUUUGCUCUCUUCAAUCUGGCUGUUCUUGGUAUCGUUGGAGUCAUUAAGUCAAAUAGGGCAAUGCUACUGGCGUAUAUCAUCCUGAUGUUGAUCACAUAUGCCUUUGAGACGGCCUCUUGCAUCACAGCAGCAACUCAUCGAGACUUUUUCACUCGCAAUCUCUUCCUGAAGCAAAUGCUGGAGAAGUAUCAGAACCCAGAGCCACUCAACAAUGAUGACAAGUGGAUGAGUGAAGGGGUCACCAGGACAUGGGACCGCCUCAUGCUUCAGCAUGAGUGCUGUGGUGUGAAUGGCCCGUCUGACUGGCAGAACUACAUGUCCAAGUUCAGAAACAUUAACAGUGAUUCAGAAUUCCCUUGGCCACGCCAGUGUUGUGUCAUGAAUGUUCAAGGGAUACCUGUCAAUUUGGAUGGCUGCAAACUAGGAGUCUCUGGCUACUACAAUGAUAAGGGUUGUUACGAGCUUAUCGCUGGACCAAUGGACAGACAUGCCUGGGGUGUAGCUUGGUUUGGCUUUGCCAUUCUCUGCUGGACUUUCUGGGUUCUUCUCUGUACCAUGUUCUACUGGAGCAGAAUUGAAUAUUGAAGGCGCAGCAUCUUCCAACAAACUUUCUGAAGUAGUGCAUGGAAAAGGCAUUAAUUUUGAUAUCUCCAUAUUCCCUCUGUACUGGGGAGGAUUUGAGGCUCUAGGUUACUUUCCCCCUCCAUGUACAUGCUUCCCCAAACACCUAACAGAUGAGUUCAAUGAGCUGACACCUCCACAAAAGAAACUCUUCUCCCUAGGCUUUUUUCUAGUUUUGCAGCUUUCAUGCCUAUGAAUGGAUACUAUUUUUUUCCUCUCCUCCUCCCUCACUGUUCUGAGGCCUUUUUGAAAAUGAGGUUACAAGAAAUGAUCUAAUCCUUCUGGUGAUGGCUUUAGAAGGGGAAUGGCCUAUGUAUAUACUUGCUUCAGAAAACCCUUCUCUCUAAACUAGGACUUUUACGAAAGAACUCUGGAACAAAUGAGAUGCAAAAGACUCAUGUAAGGUACAGGAAAAAUACUAGGAAUUCCUCUGACCAGUAGAUAUGGAUACUGCUGCCUUUACUCCCUGCAAGAAAGGGGAAAUUUAGGCACAACCCUGCCAAAAGGAAAAAAAACCCCCUCUGAAUGCAUCUUAAUUUCCAGGUUUGGUUUGCCAACUUAAUUGGAAACAUACCUGUGUCAACAGGUAGAAAAUGACAUCAAAGAUGAAAGUUGCUAAUCAGUCCAUUCCAAAGGUAGUUCUACAAGCUGCAGUAUGCUCCCUACAUUCAGACCUACUUCUACUCACUAGCUAAUUAAUGCAAACCUAUUUGGUAUAGAUUAACCACCAUUGUAAUUCUUCAUUUCCUAAGAGUAGGACUCAUUCAGGGAACAACAGAAAUAUUUUUUUGCCUUGAUGAAGAAAAAUCUUGCACUGAGAUGUCAGAGGGGAAUAUAUUGUCCCUCUGCUUUUGCCACUUCCAGCCUACCCCAUCUUUCUACCUCUAGCUCUCCUAAUUGGGUAGGACAUUUAGUGGUAAAGGGAAUUAGAAACUCUUUUAGUCAUGUUUUAUCCAUGACUGACUUGCUGCAUCCCAUUCAGUCCUUGCAUUGGCAGAUUACAAUUCCCACUUAAGUCAGAAAAAGGAUUUGUUUACAGUGGUCCUUUUCUGUGCCAGUUGGUUUCUUAGUAUCCUGUGACUUAAAUUAUGCAAAACGUGCUCCUCUACAAAAUAAUUUUUGAGAUGAAACCUAUUGCUAAGCAUGCUGGGUUAGCUCCUAAGAGCUUGCUAGCUGCCCAGAUUUUUGAUUUUUUUUUUUUGGGGGGGGGGGGGGGGGGGUCUGUAUAUUUUCCCCCAAAGCUUUAUUAAAAAAACCAAAUUGGAAAAAUCUCAUUGCCAAGGAUCUUGAAUAAAUUCAGGGGUGGAGUGGUGAACACCUGCAUGAGACUGUGGACCUGUGUUUGAAAAGUUUGCAACUCCAUGCUUGCCUCGCUGUGAGCUGCUGGUGUCUGCAUAAGGAGUAUAGUACUGUAGAAACACUGGGUAUCUGCAUUGGAAAGGAGACCUUUCUUUUACUUGUCACAAAAAGGGGUAAAGGACUUGAACAUGAA